GAACAACAUCACGCCCACAUCCGCUCAUCCCAUAAACCAUACCAGCAGCUCCCGACUUCAAGAUUAAAUUUUUGCGGAGUCAAUCAGUCAUCAAAUUCAACAUGCAACAUGAAGAUCAGCCGCCUAUUGAGGCAGAAGACUCUGGAAUCGACGAUGCCUCCUCUGUUGGCGGUGCCUCAACAGCAGAUGAAUCGAGCGCAUCGCUGAGAUCAAGCAUUCUGGAUUACCGCCGCGAGAAUGGACGGACGUACCAUCGCAUGAGCGAUGGGAAGUACGUCUUCCCAAAUGACGAGCGCGAGCAAGACCGUCUGGACAUCGUCAAUCACAUCUGGAUGCUGGCGCUCGACAACGCCUUCUGCCUGUGCCCCAAGAACGACGGUACCAAAGCCAAGAGAGUCCUCGACAUUGGGACCGGUACGGGGACCUGGGCCCUCGACUACGCCGAAACUUUCCCGGAGGCUACUGUCCUCGGCGUCGACCUCAGCCCUAUCCAGCCGGGAUUCGUCCCCCCCAAUUGCAGCUUUGAGGUGGACGACUUAGAAAAGGAGUGGACCUGGACCAACCCCUUUGACUUUAUCCUCUGCCGAAACAUGAAUGCGAGUUUUUCGGACUGGAACAACAUCAUCAAACAGGCAUACGACAACCUCGAGCCCGGCGGCUACUUUGAGAUUCAGGAUAGUCACUGGCCCCCCGUCGCUGAUGACGACACGAUGAAAGGCACCGCAAUGGACAAAUGGGGCGAUCUUUUAGUCGAAGCCUGCACCAAGAUUGGGCGCCCUGUUGACAAGGAGACGGUUCAGUUGGUGGGCAAGAUGGAGGAGACAGGGUUCGAGGAGGUGAGGAGGGUUCCUUUCAAGUUCCCGUCCACCGGGUGGCCCAAGGACAAGAAGUUGAAGGAGCUUGGUGACUGGAACCGCGUGAUGCUCUCAAGCGGUUUGGAGGGUCUGACGCUAGCACUGCUUACCCGUUACAUGGAUUGGUCCAAGGAAGAGGCAUUGAUGCUCUGCGCUCAAGUGAGAAAGGAAUUGGCAGACACGCGUAUACAUGCGUACUGGAAUGGAUAUAUCAUCUUUGGGCGGAAGCCCUUGAAGGCGGGCGAGGAGGAAAAAUUCUAAUUGAAGCGCCAGAAAGAAUGACGGUAAUGCCGUGGAAGAUCGGGUGUAGCUUGAUUGAAGGAAGUAAUGAGAAAGAGUAUUUUCAAAUAUGGCGAAGUAGAGCCUGACAUGUGAC